ACAACAAAGAUCUUGCAUGUGAAACAACAGUUGAACAAGAAUGAGGAACCAUCAAACAACGUUGAUUUCUCUGUCUCUUUUGCCUGUUCUUGUCCUCCUCCUAAGUAAUACAGCUACCCCUGCCAAUGCUCAGCAGCCUCAACUCACGACUGAUUUCUACAGAACCACUUGUCCUAAUGUUGAGUCCCUCGUGCGUUCCGCCGUGCAGGCCAAGUUCCGUCAGACAUUCGUGACGGCUCCGGCCACCCUCCGCCUCUUCUUCCAUGACUGCUUUGUCCGGGGUUGUGAUGCUUCUAUUAUGCUGGCGUCGUCUAACGGGCAGGCGGAGAAGGAUCACCCCGACAACCUUUCGCUUGCUGGAGACGGAUUCGACACGGUUGUUAGGGCCAAGGCGGCGGUGGACAGCAAUCCUCAGUGCCGGAACAAAGUUUCAUGUGCUGAUAUAUUAGCAUUGGCUACAAGGGAUGUUGUCAACUUGGCUGGAGGGCCAUUUUACCAGGUGGAGUUGGGAAGGAGAGAUGGGAGAUUUUCUACUAUUGCCAGUGUUCAGCGCAGUCUUCCAGGUCCAGACUUCAAUUUGGACCAGCUCAUUACCAUAUUUGCCAAACAUGGCCUCAACAUAACUGAUGUGGUUGCAUUAUCAGGUGCACAUACCAUCGGGUUCUCCCACUGCAGUCGGUUCUCCAAGCGCAUCUACAACUUCAGCCCCAGAAGCAGAAUUGAUCCCACCCUCAACCCGCAAUACGCAUUGCAACUGCGGCAAAUGUGCCCCAUAAAAGUCGACCCAAGAAUCGCCAUCAACAUGGAUCCAGCCACCCCUAAUACGUUCGACAACGCCUAUUUCAGGAACCUCCAGGGGGGCAGAGGCCUGUUUAGCUCGGACCAAGUGCUGUUCACGGACAGUCGGUCCAGGGCCGCCGUCAAUCUCUUUGCAUCGAGCAAUGUGGCCUUCAGCCAGGCGUUUGUCCAGGCCAUCACCAAGCUGGGGAGGGUUGGAGUCCUGACGGGGAAUCGGGGCGAAAUUAGAGUUGAUUGCACCAGGCCAAACUAGAAGGAUUGUUAGGGUGUUUUUGGGUGAUGGGAUUGACAUAUGAUUCGUUCUUUGUUCUUUUUGUCUGAAUUCAGAUUCAUAACGACUAGAAUUCUUCUAGUUUCUUGUUCAGUCAAGGCCGUGUAUUGAUUUUGUAUUUAAGGAGAUUAUGUAACUUAUCUUUUACAAAAUAAGGUGCCACUAUUAGGUCACUUGAUCAUCUGUAUAUUGAAUUUCAGAAAAUAAAAGUUCUAAAUAUUUGAAUCA